GAGAUAGCAAUCCUCCCUUCCUUUUCUCUUCCCCUAGCCUUAUCCACGAAGGAAACGAACCCCUCCCAAUUGCGAACGUGUAUACAAAUAUACUACGAAAAGCAGCUCCAACCGCAACAAUUAUUAGUCAAAGACGCGAUUGGAACGCAGAAAACCCCCAAUUUUUCAACCCCAUUUUACUUUCCUUCGUCUCCGAUUCUUCUCAAACAGCGAUCAUGGGUAACACCGAGAAACUGCUGAACCAGAUCAUGGACCUCAAGUUUACGGCCAAAUCCCUCCAGCGCCAGGCGAGGAAGUGCGAGAAGGAAGAGAAAGCUGAGAAAUUGAAGGUCAAGAAGGCGAUCGAGAAGGGGAACAUGGACGGCGCGAGGAUCUACGCCGAGAACGCCAUCCGCAAGCGCACCGAGCAGAUGAACUACCUCCGUCUCGCGUCACGGCUCGACGCCGUCGUGGCUCGCCUGGAUACUCAGGCUAAGAUGACCAUCAUCAACAAGUCCAUGGCCAACAUCGUCAAGUCUCUUGAAUCUUCCUUGAAUUCUGGUAAUUUGCAGAAGAUGUCAGAGACAAUGGAUCAGUUCGAGAAGCAGUUUGUGAACAUGGAGGUGCAGGCAGGGUUCAUGGAGAAUGCUAUGGCUGGAUCUACCUCAUUGUCCACACCAGAAGGUGAGGUCAACAGCUUGAUGCAACAAGUUGCUGACGAUUAUGGGUUGGAGGUGUCUGUGGGACUGCCACAGCCAGCUGCACAUGCUGUAUCAACCAAGACAGAGGAGAAGGUUGAUGAGGAUGAUUUGUCGAGGAGGCUUGCAGAACUUAAGAGUAGAGGCUAAAGAAACAGCUGAGGAAUGUAUGUGCUAUAUAUAGGAUGCUUGGGAUUAUAAUUUAUAACUGUGGCCGCAUGUUCUUAUUCUGUGUAAAUUUGAAUGAUUUGGGUUUUGCACUAUGAUAUCAUAUGUUAUGGUUGUUGCAUAUUGCAUAUGGAUGCCAAUGCCUUUAAUAUGAAAUGUGACUAUUUUCCUUCUAUUUUUGAACCUGAAAGAAUAUUGUAUGAAUGUUUCUAGAGGUGCAACAUCUGAUGCUCCUAGGAAUGGGGGUUUGCUUCUGCCGCUUGCAUAGUGCAUGCAGCCAAAGCGAAGAUCUUGUAUCCUUAAUUUGUCUUCAGGGGCAUCUGUAUGAAUGUGAGGAUACCUAGUUCUUAGAUGAGUAUAGGCAUUUGUAUUUGUGGUUUUGAUUUUCGGGAUCACUGCUGAAUUGUCACUGACUCAUACAAGUGUCUCCUUUGUAUCAACAAGAGCCCAUCUCAUUACAGUUGAUGAACAUAAUCCUCAUUGCUACUGUUCCCAUAUGCAUUAAAACACAGCUCAGUGGUUGUAUUUGUAUCUUCAUGUACAUAGAUAACAUUUCGUGAUUGUAUUUGUAUCUUAAUACAUGUAAAUGAUCUAU